GUGAUGCAUAACCGCUCCCGUUACCUUACCGGUCUCGAGCAGUCGAGCUGCACACACGCCAUCUAUUCUCCAAUCUCCAGGCUGCGCGAAGCCGCCACCGGCCCCAGCCCCACAGCGCCCCAGGCCCGAGCGCCGGCGUUGUGCCUGACGGCGGCCGGUCGCCGCCGACCGGCCGCCGAGCGGGAUACCGCCUUCCGGCGCCCACUCUGUGCGCCUGUGCCACCCGGCGCCCCGCGCGGCUACCGCUGCUUGCCUUGGGUUGCAGGGUUUCAGGAGGAAUAAGCAACGGUUAGCCGGAAUAUGGCAGAGGCAGCGAACGGGAAGCAUGAUGCCAAGAGGACAGGACUGGAAGGAACGGGCCUACCGCUACAAGGCGGUUCCCACGGCAACCUUCACAGUGCUAGCAACGACCAACAGCUGAGGCAGAUGCUCGAUUCGCUCAAAUCCUCCAAGUCCCCUGCUGUGAUCAACUAUGGUGCCUCAUGGUGUCGUGUUUGCAGUCAGAUUCUUCCAUCCUUCUGCAAGUUCAGCAAUGAAUUCAAGAAUCUUAAGUUCAUCUAUGCAGAUAUUGAUGAGUGCCCUGAAACAACACAAAGCAUACGCUACACCCCAACCUUCCAUUUUUAUCGAGAUGGAGAAAGGGUAGAUGAGAUGCUUGGCUUAGGAGAAGAGAGAUUACAUGAUCGGCUAUGGUUGCAUUCUUGAUGGUUGUCACUGGCUUCUGUUGCCACUGUUUUCAUGAACCGUUUAUGCUGAAUGUUAUUUGUAUUUUUUUUUCAAUUCCUGUAAUUAGUAACAUAGUUCUGAGUCAUUUCCUUACAAGUCCUUGUAAGAUGCGCUUGUCCCCCCUGUACCACUGAAAAACAUGAUGCGCCUCCCAUCUUUUUUUUUUGGAGCCCUCAGCGCCACAGAGGUAACGGCAGCAAACAGCAAUUAGAAGUCUCAAAUCCGCCCUUAGUAGGCAUCUGAAAUGGAUCGACAAGCUCAUGCAUGUGCAUUGCAAUGUUGUUGUAUGAAAUAUUCAUGAAGUAAUAUAGGUGUGCGUGUGUUUGUCA